CACGGGCCUGGCGCUCUGGGGCGGGACGACGCCGUGCCCCAAGUGCACGCCCGUCUUCACCUGCCAGUCUCCGCCCGCCUCGCCGCUGGCUCUCGCUGGGGCCGUGGUGCUGCCGGCGGCGUCGCUCGUCGAGGCCUACAUUGCCGGGGCGUUGUGGGGCACUCCCGCUCGACAGUUGGUCGCCCAUCGGUCGGGCAAGGUCUACGAUGGCGACGCAGACGUUCUUCUCCCCGGAGUUGACCCCAAAGUCCGGGCCAUGACGGGCACGACCUUGGUUGAUUUCAAGCGGUACUGGCAGCUCGUCACAGCUUUCUUCCUCGAGCAGACGAGCGACGGGCAGAGGUCCUCCGUCGGCCCCGCCCUCUACCGGAACAUGCUGGCACGUGGAAGCGAGCUGUCUCUGCUCGUCGAGACCUCGGAUGCGAAGACCCUGGUUAAGGCUGACGGCCAUGAGACCUUCCUGACAUUCUUAGAGAAGAGACGCUUCUCAGACAGCCAGCUGAAGGAGGUUCCCCGUGUCUACGACAAGUUCUACGACGCGGUGCGGUUCAGGCGCAACGACGGCGAUGAACCGAUGGGCACCUACCUGACCAAUAUGAUCGCGGCCAAAAGUGGGCUCGAGAAGGCAGAUAGCCAGGCGAAGCUUUCGGAUCACGAGCUCGGCUACUGGAUGCUCAAGAAGAUUGGACUGGACCACGAAGGACGGCGAUGCGUGCUGGGGCAGUGUGGCCAGGCGAUUGACCCAGUCCAGAUCUCAGAAAUGCCGCGGAAUCUGCGCCCCCACGGAUCCCCCUCCCGCGGCGGCGGCGGCGGUGACCGCCAACGGCGCGGACGGUGGGCCCACUCGGCCAAUGGCGGGGCCGAGGGCCUGGAGCUGCCGACCGACGUCGACUCCCUGAUGGCGUACAUGGGCGAAGCCUACGACGCGGGCUACCUGGCCGCCUACGCGGAGGAGGAGGAGGAGAGGGGGAGGAGGGGGAGAGCCCCGAGCACGGCGCCUAGCCACAUUGAGCGCGCGGACGCUUACUACUACGAGGAGGCUGAGACAUCCGAGGGCGCCUUCUACGUCAGCGACGGCAUUGACGAAGCCAUCGCUCAGAAUGACCCAGAGCACGCGCAGGCCUUGGUGACGCUGAAGGAGAGCCGCGCGCGCAUGAACCAACUACGCACGGCCCGCGGUUUCUUUCGCGGGCGUAUCAGCGGGUCGAUCGAGCCAGAGUCUGACGGCAACAAUGGCUCGAACACGGGCGCAUCUCAUGGCGGCGGUGCGAAGUCUUGGCGCGGCCGUAGUCCCAAGGGCCACAUUGGCGCAGGCAAGUCCGCUGCGACUCGCUGCGACCACUGCGGCCGAUCGGAUCAUGAGAGCUGGCGCUGCCCCUCCAAGGGCGCCAAGGGCGGCGGCUCCCGAGGCAAGCCCGCCUCGCCCUAUGCGCGGACUCGGGCCGCCCAGGGGUGCCGCGGUGGAGGAGUCAAGCGUAGGCUGGGCAUGUUGGCAAUGGGCUUGAUUUGUUUCUUUGGCCUGCAGCUUCCCAUGAAGUGCGACGACGAGAGGGUAUCAACGUUCUCAGACGUGGGCCAAGAACGCCGGAUUAGCGAGGGGAGCGAGGCGGGGGAGAACCAUGCCAUGGUCGCUGAAUGCGACUUCGACGCGCUUUCGAUGCCAUCUCAGGGCCUGGAUCGCGUCUUGGCCCUGGUGGGUUCUGGCGCCACCAUGAGCCUCGGUGGUCGACAGUGGCUCGAGUCGGUGGAGCGUGGCCCCCACCUCGUCGGCCUGGAGCCACACGAGGAGAACGCCUCGGAAGUGUUCAACAGUCUGGGCGGCGCCAAGCGACACGCAACGGAGAAGUGGACGUUCUUCGCGGGUGUCUUCCAGGCCCAUGCGAUCGCGAGCUUCUAUCUCAUCGAGGGUGAUAUGAUCGGCUUGUUGAGUCGACGCAAUCCUGACCAAUGGGCCGCCAGCAUGUAUCUUCGCGACGACGAGACCUAUGCAGGCGUCGAGGACAUCCGUGCCAGCGUUGACCUCGCGGACCCGGCGGUCCAGGACGCCCUUCUCAAUCUUGCGAAGUUCUACAAGACAUGGUUGCUGACGUUCCUCACCUGGGUAGCGAAGAUGCUGCGUUUGCAGGUGCUCGAGGGCCGACUGGCCCUCGGAGAGAAUUCGUGGACCUCUGGGGCGCUGAGAGCGGCCCCGAUCGCCAGGCUGGCCCAGGAGGGCACGCGCGAGAUCGCUCGCAGCGACCCGUGCGCCUACGGCCUUGCGCCCUCGACAGGGGCCCCGCGCAGGCAGUUGCAGAAGAGCUCUUUCCGCGACUGGAGCUUGUUUAGGUCCAGAAGUUGUCCGCUGCAUCGCCCGGUGAUCAGCGCGAUGUUCUGGGUCCAGAUGUCGCCCGAUGCAUCGUCUGCGCGCGCGGCCAGCGGCGAGCUCUCUGGCUUCACGGGCCACUUUCGUCCAGAGAUCGGCUUCCACGAUAAGGGGUUCCCUUCUGUGGCGCACGAGCACGAUAUGAUAUUGGAGGUUCUGGUGGUUCGCGACGAGGAGGCAAUCGAGGCCUUCCCAGCAGCGCAGCCCCUAUUGCACUUCAGCGGUGCCCACCCCGCUCGCGCACGGUUCCGAGGUGCCCGCGCGGUGCGCACAGCCUUUGGCAAUGGCUGUUUCAGUUGGGCAGGCCCACCAGACAAGAUCUUCUACGACAAGACGAAAGGGCACAUCGGCGAACAGUUUGCCUCGCUUGGACAACAGCACGGCACGGUCAUGGUUCCCAUCCCCGCGGAGGCGUCUUACAUGAAAGGACGCGUGGAGCGCGCAGUGGACUUCUGGAAGAGCUCGCUUGCGAAGGUGAACCAGCAGUGUCGGAUCACAGUCGAGGGCGACCCCUAUCUUUGGAGCUCCCGCAUCACGUGGGCCUCGCCAAGUGCCACAUGUGGUAUCGUGGCGUUCCGGUGCUGGUAUCGCUGGAACAACUACGCAUGGCAUCCCAUGACGAGCUCGGGUUUGCUGAACAAGGAGAUCUGCUCGACUCGCUUCUUCGCGCGCCCAAGCGCUCUGUCUUUCAACGUGGUUUCGUCGAUGGACGCGGGCCGGGACCUCCUGUUGAGGGGCGCGAUGGGCCCAGGGCCAAUCCACCAGAUCCAGAGCAUCCUCCCGGGGGAGCGCGGGCUCCAGGACCUGCUGACGCACCUCUGCAGCCUGAGGAAGGCCCAGCAGAAGAAGGGUCGCGAGAUGCGUCGCGCCCCCGACCGCCUCAUGGACGCGUUCGCCACGGCGUUGGAGCAGGAGCGGAUCAAGUGGGCGCACUACGAUUCAGUGCGCCCCGCCACAGCCGACGAAGUGCAGUCCAUCAUGCCUGGGA